AUGCAAGCUGCAUAUAAAAUCUAUUUCCAAGAUGAAGGUGAAAAGUUUACAUUUAAGGCUGCAUGGAGAUUAUUGAAAGAUGAACCUAAAUGGCUCGCAGGUUCAUCUGAAGCUUCUACAAAAAGAAGAAAGAAUUCAGCUUCAGGAGCAUAUUCUUCGCCUUAUAAUCCAUUAACACCAACAAGCAGUGAAUAUGAUUCAUCAUCACCUACUUUGUCAGGUCGUCCAAUCGGUCAAAAGGCAACCAAAAGGAAGGAGAAAGAAAAUCUUGUGGAAAUGUCUUCUACACCCAAUGACUAUGUACGCAUUGAGGGUGAAAAACUUGAGAUAGAGAGAAAAAAGGUUGAUGCAAAGAUUAAGAAGGAUGAGAUUGCUGAGGAAAGAUUAAAGAUGAAUGAUCUACAAAUACUCUCAAAAGAUACAUCAAAUAUGAAUGCAAGACAACUACAAGCUCAUGAAAUAUUGUGCGACAUGAUUAGAGAAAAUUAUGGAAUUAAUUAG